CCCUAAUCCAUUCUAUCCCUAAGCGGCGGUCGCCGUUGUUCACCCCUCUCAUUUCUCGAUUCUCUCUACCUAUCUUCUCCUCCAACGAAACGAGAAAGCCUCUCUUCUAGAGCCGCUGCUCUUCUUCUCCCCGUCUUCUCUCUCUCUCUCGUUUCUCCCUUUCGAAAACCAACAUGAAAAGCUCGCCCGAAAUCCCCUGUCAUCUCUUCUAUGUUGAGACAAAAUGGAGUUCGUUGACCAGACAGAUCGGCGAUAAUUGCAACCCGAUGGUCGCUGACGACACGAACGACGAAUGUGAGUUUUUUAGGUUGCAUGUUUAAUUUUCUUUGGUUUCGGCUUUGAGUUUUUAGGGAUUUCGGAGUUCUUCUUCCUAUUUUUCUAUUUUAUUUCCGGAAGAAUCGACCUAGACCGAGGAGUUAUCAAUCUACUUUUUCUAGGUAGAAAAGCGGCGACGACAACCUUACGACUAUGGUAAGUGACGAUUAAGAGUUUGCAUAUUUUUAUUUGGGUUUCAUUUGUUGAUUUCGGGUUCUGAUGUAUGUUCUUGCUUUGUGUUUGUGUGAUGGGAGAAAGAAGACGGGCAUCGGGUCACGCCACCGCCGUCGACCCUAGAAACCCGACCUGAGAACCUCUAAUCAACUAGUGAGGCUUCGAUCUAGGUAAGAUUCAGCUUGCAUGUUGUUUUUCAUGAUUUUUUUCUUGAAGAUGUGGAUUUCUGAUAUUUUUCUGGGUUUUGAUUCUGGACUGGGAUCUAGUAGAGGAGAAGGUGUCGUCGGGCGGCGAGGAUCUCCGACGGCGAAGGUCUGGCGGCGAUAGGCUGAUGACGACACAGGGAGGGUUUUGUUUUGUUACUUUUUUUACUUCUGAUUUAAUACCCCUUCAAUCGAUUCUGACUUCUAUUAUUGUCUUGAAGCAGGUUCUAAAAAAGGCAGAUCUAGGUAAGGAUCAUUCUAAACUGAGCUCAAGUAUGACUAGGGAGAUUAAAUUAAAUAAAAGGAUUGUGUGCGGGGUUAUGCUUGGUUGUUUGGAGAUGUAACUCUUGGGGAUUUUUCUAGAAAUACCACUAUUUAAAAAAAAAUUACAAAAAUACCACCCAAUGCAAAAAAUUUCCACUUAUACCACCUUUCUUCUAAGAACCGUCUCCAGGGGAGGCGUUUUCAUUGGAAACCGCUCUGGGAAGAAGCGGUUUUAGUUUCGGCAACAAAUCGCCCUUCCGAAGAGCGGUUUGAAGGCUGCCCUAGGUCAACAUGAUAGAAACCACUCCCCCAUUUUGCAGUCCAUGAAAACCAUUCUAUGGAGGAGCGGUUUUCUUGUCGACACCAAAACCGCCCUGGGGGGGAGCGGUUUUGGUGUGUUUUCCCCACUUUCCUGACAGGAAAACAGUCGGCAUGCAGGGGGACUGCUGGAGUGGGGAGUAAGUUUUGUGAGAACCACUUGGGGGGGGGGGGGGGGGGGGGGGGGGGAGUUCAUGGAAUUUUUUUGCUAUAAAAGGCAGCCCCGGAAAACACAGCAUUGCACCCCUCUUCCUAUUCUUCUUUAAGUUUUUGUUUUAGCGAUUUUGUUUUAUAUUAUAGCGAUUAAUGUUACGUUGUAAGUUUGUUUGGUAUUACUUGUUAUUGUAAGUUUUCUUUGCAAUUAACGAUUAACAUUGACAAAUUUUUUGGUAUUAAUUAAGUUACCGUUUUAUUGCAGAUGACAUUCCAAAAGUUCAUGCUUGGGUUACGGUGGAAUGGUUAUACGGAAGAUACCGGAAAGGGAGUACGUUACGUCGAUGGCAAUUUUCAAAAAGUGAAGGUUUCUACGACACCGAGCCUUGAAGGUCUGCAUCGAAUUUGUACUGAGGUUACUUGCAUAAGUGGCACGAGGAGAGUUGACCGUAUGGUGUAUCGAUAUUCAAACAGACAAUCCAAGGUGUUGGGCAUGAGGAAUUCGUCAUAACCACUAAGGCGGAUGUAGAUUCCAUGGUUUAAUUUUUGACCACCAAUAACAUUUCCAAAGAAGAUAUGUUCGUUUACACCGAGUCGGUCGCAGGCGUUGGAGGUCAUUAUGGAGAAGGCCACAUCUGGUAUCCACGGUGGAGGGGGUUUAUAUGAAGAUCAUCCGUACCAAAUCGACCAUGAUCGUCAUUCCUACAAUGAGUAUCAACAAGGAGAAGCCCAAGGAUACACUGACAACCAAGAAGAUGGCUACCAGUAUCAACCCGAGUAUGACUUCCAUGCAGGCAGUGGUAGUUAUCACAACUACCAUUACGGAGAUGAUGUUGGUGCCUUUCAUGAUCUUGAUGAGAUGGAAGAUGUCCUCCCAGGACCAAUCAACAAUCCUGAGGAUGAAGAAGAGGAAGGUGAUGUGAGUGCAGACAGCUACGACCCUCUUAAAGGUGCCGAUGAUUCAGGCCUUAAUUCAGACUCAGCUGAUGAUGAGGUGACUCGUGACCAGGUACCUAUCCCGUACUAAAACCACAUUCCAAAUGAAGAUUAGUAUGUUGAUGCCGACAUGGAGCCGCCAAAGGUGCCAAUAUGGGGGUCCACUCACUGGGUAUAAGAAGGAAAAGUGCAGAGGGUAUGGAUCGAAGACAAAGAGACGCAUUCGAUAGAGGUACGGAGGAAGGUGGUGAAAAAGGCUUUGGAAUGGAUCGUGGCUAAAGGAAAAGUGCAGAAGGAGGAGGCAUGUGGAUGGUUGACAUAGAUGAGGCUAAAUUAGAGGUGAAACAAGAAGGUGUAUGAGGUGGAUGGAUCCUGGGUGUUCUCCUUGUCUGUAUGGGGGUUUGGAGAUUUGUGUGUUUGCAACAGGGUUUGGGGUUCUUUUUUGCCCUUCUCGAUCGAUGUUUUUGGAGUGGUGCUGGUGUUUUUGGGAUGGUGCGAGGGUCUGCUAUGAAGGGUUGAAUCCAGUGUUUUCACUUGUGCAGUACAGGCCUAUGGGUGCUGGUUUAUGCUGAUUUUUUGUCUUUGGAUCAAAGGGGAUUCUGUUUAGAGGGGUUUUGCUUGGUACAGGGGCUCUGCCCCAGGCUUUGCUUUGUAUAGGAAUAGAGAUAUGGGGAUCUCUUGGAUGUUUUCUUUUUUUGUUUUUCUUUUUAUGUCCGUUUUAAGGAUCAGCUCUCUUGAUCCUCGUCCUCCUUGGACGAUUUCUUUUGAUAUCUAAUAAAAUUUCACCAUUAUAAAAAAAAUAUAUGUGGGGGUCCACUCACUGGGUUUACGAAGGGCCAACAAUUUGGUACAAAGAAGGAGGUGCGACACGCUAUUGACACCGAAGCAAUGACUCGGAGUUUUGAAUGGCGCACAACUCAUAUCGACACGAAGAGACUCAUAGUUCGGUGCCAAAAUCAACACGAGGGGUGCAUGGCUAGAGUCCGGGCCAUCAAGAGCAAGAGAGUCGGGCAUUGGGUCAUAUCCUGUGCGAUGAACACACACACAUGUGUGUCAUCCAUAACAUCCCAAGUCCAUCGACAGUUGAAAUCCAGGGUGGUUGCUUCGGCUAUCAAGCAUCUAAUUGAGCAGCAACCCGACCUAAAGAUUAAAGCCAUCAUCGCCAACAUUUCUAGUCGUUAUGGCUAUAUUAUUAACUACAAGAAGGCGUAGCAUGGGAAACAGAAAGCAAUUGUUGCCGUGUUUGGCAACUGGGAAGAAUCUUAUGCAUUCCUUCCAAGAUUGAUUUUGGCAUUGGAGGGCUCUAACCCUGACACCGUUUUCUCCCCCGCUACCAAGAUGAAGAAAUUCUGCCGUCGGAGCCCAGUAACAAACGCCAUUUCAAACGUCUUUUCUGGUCCUUCAAGCCAUCUAUUGAUGGUUUUCCCUAUUGUGUGCCUGCAAUACAAGUGGACGGCACAUUCUUUACUGGCAAGUACAAGGGCGCUCUCCUUAUUGUUAGUGGAGCGGAUGCAAACAUAUUAGUCUUCCCUUUAGCUUUCGCCAUUGUUGAGGGAGAGAAUGCCGAUAGCUAUGGAUGGUUUUUCCGACAAAUCCAUCUCCAUGUCACCAGGAGAACGAACCUAAAGAUCAUCUCAGAUCGCCAUGUCGAGAUCAGAGCCGCCAUUUUAGGAUUGGAUCCAGCCUGGAAGUGGUCUCAGAGGUGGCGCAUACGACACUUCAAGAGCAAUUGGAACCUCAUUUCAAGCGAAAGAAACUUGCUGACAGUCUAUGGUGGACCGGUAAGCGUUAUACUACAUUGGCCAAUUAAUUUUGAUAAAAUUAGAUUUACAAU